AUGCUGGAAUCGGACCAUCGGGAAGAAUCUAGAAACGACGCUUGCGAAGAGUAUAUAAGCGCACGUCGCAAGAUAUUUGUGAUUGGUGAUAUUCGUGAUUUGAACCCGUCGCAUCGUAAACCGGUUACGACAGCGAGUAUUAUAACAUUGGUGUCAGAAGUGGGAUCUUCGACCAGCGAAUUGCUACUCGUAGAAAAAGAACACGAUGUCAAAACUGUAGUUCAACUACGAGAAGAACUACAGAAACGAAGCCUUGUCACAAGUGGCAACAAAGAAGUACUAGUUGCACGUCUGAGAGAAGCUCUCAUUGACGAAGGUAAGAACCCAGACGAAUUCAAGUUUGAUGGUGCUGACGAAGACAAUGAAAUUAGCACAGGCACGUUUACAACCGCCAAAAUGAUGGAACUUCUGCUUAGUAUGUCAACUGAAAUAAAACAGAUCAAAGAACAGUCCGAACGACAGUCCGAACGACAGACAGAGGAUUUAAAACAGAUCAAAGAACAGUCUGAACGACAGUCCGAACGACAGACAGAGGAGUUAAAACAGAUCAAAGAACAGUCCGAACUACAGUCCGAACGACAGACAGAAGAGUUAAAACAACAGAUCAAGGAACAGUCCGAACGACAGACAGAGGAGUUAAAACAGAUCAAGGACCAGCUAAAACACGUAAAAUUGGAAGUGGCAGAACAGAUUGAAGAACAGUCAACAAGAAUAGAAAUGAUCGAACAGAAACUUGAUCGUCAGACCGUUGAGGUAGAUCACAAGAUAGACAAAUUGAAGCGAGAAUUGGAGCAAUCCAAAAAAAUGGCCAUGCCGUUAGAUCACGCAUCUGGAAGAACUUUGAAGGUACCAGCAUUUGACGGAGAGAUGUCCUGGAACGUUUAUAAAACCCAGUUCGAAGCAGCGGCAACUAGUAACUGUUGGAACGGAAAAGAACGAGCAACAGCACUGAUACUGGCCCUGCGAGGUUCAGCAGCAGAGGUUCUUCAGACGAUUCCGGCGGAGAACCACUUCAACUAUGAAGUUCUGCGAUUCGGUGAAUUAUUUAAAGCGAUAUUUGAUUUGUUUGUUGACGUUGUCAUAGCGAUAGAUUUUGAAAGAUUUAAAAGUUAA